UUGCUUUUUUCCUGUGGAAAGAUUCCACUUUUUAUUGCAGGAUGGAGAUCAUACAGCUUUCCAGAUGUUUCUGGGUUCUACCUCCCAGCAUUUUUCAUCACCAGCUUUGCUGACUAGAGCUACUGAAAACUGGGGUCCAGCAUCUGGUGAACUGCUUUAUUCCUAUGCCUGAGUUAGCACUUUCUCAGAAGGGCACACAUGUCUGUACUGGAUGAAUGAAUAUACAUCUUCUCUUGGGAUUGGAGUAUUUCAUUCAGGAAUAGAGAUAUAUGGCAGAGAAUUUGCUUAUGGUGGCCAUCCAUACCCCUUUUCAGGAAUAUUUGAAAUUUCUCCAGGAAAUGCAUCUGAGUUGGGAGAAACAUUUAAAUUUAAAGAAGCCGUUGUUCUUGGAAGUACUGACUUCAUGGAGGAGGAUAUAGAAAAAAUUAUAGAAGAACUUGGAAAAGAAUUUAAAGGAAAUGCCUAUCACUUAAUGCACAAAAACUGCAAUCACUUUUCUUCAGCUUUAUCAGAGAUUCUCUGUGGAAAAGAGAUUCCUCGUUGGGUGAAUCGCCUUGCCUAUUUCAGUUCCUGUAUCCCCUUUCUCCAAAGUUGCCUACCGAAAGAGUGGCUUACACCUGCAGCCCUUCAGUCAAGUGUAAGCCAAGAGCUUCAAGAAGAACUGGAAGAAGCAGAAGACGCUGCAGCAUCAGCUUCCCUGCCAAAUUCAGCAUCAGGGGCACGGACUGGACAUCAUGCUAAAAUAUAGGUUUGGGCCAAAGUACUGUUACAUUACAGUCUUCUAAAGUUUUGUCAGUAACUGACUUCAUUGAUGAACUUCAGAGUGUGGACAUUUGGAUAUGUUUAUGGUAUGCAAGUGGUUCUCCAGAUCAAAACCAUGUUUUUUUGCUCAGGAUUUUAUAUGUAGUGAAAAGUUUUGGGAGAAAUGGGAAGUACAUAAGAUGGAGUUGCUGUCUUCAUUUUCAUCUAAUCAACAAACUUGGACCAACUGAGCAGAAGAGAAGCUAUUUACAGUAUUGUGUGCUGCUGUUUACAAAUCCCACAAGGAUAUCUGCCAUUGAAAUACAAAGUAUUAAUCAGCUCAGUCAGGCCAUCAUAUCAUUGGAAGUGAACCUGUGGUCUACUUUCAUUUAUUUUGUCUUGGAACUCAUUCGGUAAAAUAUUUCAAUUCCAAUUACUGCUAAUAGUAGAACACAGAAUUGAAUACUGUAUGUAAACAGAGUACAUCCUGAAUUCUGUUUGAUAGUCCUAAUUAGAGUAGACCCACUAGAUCAACUUCACUGGUGAAUCAACAUGUAGAUAAAUCUCAUUUAAUCUAAGUAGGACUUAACAAUAGGAUUCAGGCCAUAACAAUCAAUACAAAGAAAUCUGUCCAAGGAAACCAAUUGUAUCUGCUUACGAAGAGAAAAUUAGAAUUUUAUUACAAAACCAAGCAUGUUGUUGGCUUCAAACGCAAUCUUUUCAUCCUCUUUUUUGGUCUGACUUGAAAAUGCGAAAGAUCACUUGGAACAUCAAUAGGUUUUUUCCCAAACUAUGACCAGGUAACAGUGCCUAUUUCAUGUUGUUUAAAAUGUAGAACUGUAGGAUGAAAAAAUGGAACACACAAUCAGUUUCCUGCAGCAUUAGACAUCAACCUGCUAAUAAUAGGCUCUUGGCUAAUGUCAAUUUGGCCAAUUCUGCAGCCAAUUCAAUCAACAGUUAAUUGCUUGUCAGAGGUAACAUUUAUUGAGUGAAAGGGUUUUUUUCAACUUAGUUUGUCUCUAGCAGAGCGGUUGAUAGCUAUGGUUGCCUUGUGAUUUGUUUGUUUGCUGCCACUAUUUCUUUAAUUAUGUUAGUUUACAACAGCAAUAUAUACUGUAUGAAUGAUAAAAGAUCUAUAGGAAUUAGCAAGAAGCCAGAUGAAUUCCAUAUAUUUACUCUGCCUUCCCCAUCUCUUAUCGAGAGUGAGUACAGUAGUUAUGGCAAACUGGAAUCCGGUUCAGAUUUUUAUUAUAUAUGCUGCCUUAAAGAUCUUCCAAUUCAAUGGAAUGAAGCCAACUGGAAAUGAUAUACAAAAUGACAUUUUACAGAAAUCUACAUAACUGAAUAUACAAAUAACACUUGGCUUUGUUAGUUAUAUUGCUGUAUUUGCUGAACGAACUGUUCCAAUUUGAAUAUAUAUUCAAUCAGACAAAUUGGACGGUAUUUUUUGACAAAUCAGAAGACUUUAUGUUUCAUAAAUUGGCAGUAAGAUUUGACAUGCUGUUCUAUAAACGAUUUUUCCAAAGGUGGCAAAAAUGCUGUUUUUCAGUAAUAAUGGCAGUAGUCAUUUUUCUAACCACUUCAGUUCCUAUUUAGAUUUAUUUUAUGCUCUUCUUUGUGGGAGACAUUUUUGUUGCAAAAUAUACUCAGGUAUGUAACAUUCUGUUAAAAGUCAAAUAAUAGUUCUAAAAAAUGUGAAGUACUGAGAUUAUUUCAUAUGUUAACCUUCCUUAGACUAAUCUUCUUGGAAACCUUGCCUAAUUACCAGUGCCAGAACCAUUUUUAAUUGGUCAUUAGCAUAAUCUGUAUUGUUACAAAUGAGGUGACUUAGUGGAACAUCUGUAGGUCAGUAGAAAUGGUUUCUCAGCACUACAAUGAAACCAUAGUUUUCAGCUUGGGUCUGAAGCUAUUAAUUAAUAUUGGUUCUUAUCCUGAGCCUGUGUGUGUUGCUGCACACAUGAUCUUCUCUGUAAAAAAAUUCCUGUUCAUUUCAGUGAGAAGGGCAGCUUCGCACAUGUUUUUCUAGGCACAUAUAAAAUUAUCAUCUCUUUUGAAGUGAAUGUGUAGCCUUUGUGGGUACUCCACGAAGCUGCUGCAGUCUCACAAAAUUUUAGAAUUGUGGUGGGAGUCAGCAAUUCUUUAGCUUGUCCUACGUUGUUUGGACAAACUUUAGGAACUAAUUUGAUUUCCAACUAAUUUUUACAAAACAAUUGGCUUUCGAUUAAUAUUCACAGUACUACACAACACAUCCAUCAUUUUGUAAUCAUGCACAGCAUGUAAUGCAGCACCAUUCACAGCACGGUAAGUAAAAACAAUUGAAGUAAUUAACUGUUCCACUUUGUUUGAAAUUUCCUGUUAUUUUAUUUUUAAUCAAUUUUUGUAGUUUAUGUCACCAAACAAACUUACCGCCUGAACCCUGAAGUUGAUAUUUAACAUCAUUAAGUAGUGUGGUGAUAUUUUUGUAUCUAACCAUAUAUACUACACUCACUAUCCACUCGGUUCCUUAAAAGAAACAACCUGCCAAAGUCUGCUCUCAUAGCAAUAGUUCAAGUUACUUUUCACCAGCAUUAGUACUCAGUAAGGAGUACCUUGCCUGCCAGUGGCCAUAGUGUGCAUUAAAAAACUUGAACAAUGUUAUAAGCUAAAAUAGUCAAUACCUGAAAUUUUAGCAACAAGCAGGUAGAAAAAGUGCAUUCGGGGUUCUCCAUCCAAUCUCUCCCAAUUUCUAAUAUUUGAUUAUUUUUCUUUUAAGAUGGAUUACUAUAGUCAUUUUGUAUGUUAUCUUAUUAAAGCCAUUUUUAUCAAGAUGUCACUCUUAUUCAGGAAGCCAAAAAUUGCUAUAAAUUAGUGUGCAUCAGUAGACUGGAUAAUGGUUCAGUAUUAAGAAUGCAGUGAGUUUUCCUCUUAGAAACAUGCAAUACAAUUCUGAUCAUAACAGAUAAGAGAAUUUUCACUUUUAGGUGGUUACAGCUACAGAAUUUUCACUGACACUUUUUUUGUAAACUAAUGAUAAGUUUACUGUAAAGCAUAGUAUUUGUAUAGCCAGAGAACUUUGACUUUUGUUACUUUGACAUGUCAAACCUAUUACAAACUUGAAUCCAUCCAUUUAUUAAAGAUAAUUUUGUAGAAAAA